AACCAUUGAUUUAACGGAUAAUUUGAGAGAAAUUUUUCUGUUGUAGUAAAUCAUUUUUUUUGUUAACAAAAUUUGCAGUGUGACUGGCUUGCGCUAAUAAAACAACCAGCGUCCAACGGCCGAUUGAUGCUGCUCGGUUGGCCAAUAUCCCGGCGUGAAAUGGCUCCAAGGCUCUUGACUAAAUGUCCGGUGGGUACCAAUGUCUUCCGCAUAAUGUAAGAACAGGCACCAUCCCAACAAUUGUUCCAAGUUUUUCCAGAAAAUAAUUCAGGCCAGCGCUGACACUUGGAUUGGGAUUCGGAUUACUAAAACUUGCAUCUGGAUUACUCCAGCUUGGGUUUGGAUAACAAAACUUGGAUUACUUAACCUGGAUUACGUUGUUUUCUUUUGUUGUUUUCUCGAGCGUAUUCGUGGGUUAUUCUCAGGUUAUUCUUAGGUUUCUUAGGUCAUUCUUCGGUUUUCUUAGGUUUCGUAGUGUUCUUAGUAACACAAGAAGAACAUAAGGAUGACCUAAGAAAACAUAAGAUGAACCUGCGAAGGACCAAGAAGAAACCUAAGAAUAACCUGAGAAUAACUAAGAAUGCGCACGAGAAAACAGCAUAAGAACGUAAUUAAGGUAAGUAGUCCAAGUUCAGCAAUCCAAGUUUAGUAACCCCAGUUAAGUUAUCCAAAUGAUUUGGACAACUCGACUUGGAUUACUUAACUUGGACCAAAUCCAAGUCUGAAUAAUCCAUGUCCGAGUGUUGUAAGUUUCCAAGUUUCUUAGGUACAGCACGCUCUCGUAAAAUUACUACAUAGUAAGUAACAUAAAGCUGCCUUAUUCUCAACUUCAGGAAACACAACAAUGCGCGCAGAACUUUCUGAUCUACCUUGAAUUUUUCCUGAAAUAACAUCAACUUUUACAGCAUAAAAAUAGAAGAAACCUGAAAAACCGCCCUCUGCAUUUAUUACGCUGUUUUCCUUUUGUCCAAUCUUUUCUUACCUGUUUUUCCAGCUGUUCCAUUACUGUAGAUGUCAAAGUAGACUGUCACAGAGAUAUAUUUCUUUCCACAGAAUCGCACUCGUUAGGAACUUCGGAUAUAUGUGUAUCAAUGUGGAGACGUCCACGUACCCGUAUAUUUUGCAUCCGAGAAGUAUCAUCUUUUCCGUAAAUUAUUUUUUUUUUGAAUACUUGAAAUAUUCUUGAAAGCCUGCAUUUCGCAGGAGCCAGUCACGGCUUUGGCAAUAUCGUGACUGGCGACCUAAUUAUUGACGUUUGGAAGGCGAAAUGAACUCUAAACUGAAAACAGCGUCCUUGGGGCCAGUUUCUGAGUCGGAAGUAUUUUCUCAAUCAACAGAAAGCAUGCUAUUAGUUGCCGGAAAUAUUAUAAAAACAGCAGAGGUCACUGGUGAUUAGUUAUAUUAACAUUAACUGUAAGAAAUGCAGUUUCCAGCGCAGUUGACAGUGUAAUGGUCAGGCGUCCCCUCCGAUCGCCGAUAGGGAUGCCCGAUACCGUAUCUGUAGAUAAGCAGACGACAAUACACAAUAUCGGUGUUCAGUAGUGUCUAAUCAGUUAGUAUGCUAGCUGCACAGAUAAGGAAAACACAGCAGGCCUCUUGUAGCUUCUCUUAAUUGCCGAAGCGUGUGAAUUGUUUAAACGGUUAACAUACAUUAAUAAAUUACUAUUCCCUUAAUUUUCACUGCGUGCUACCACCGGCUACUGGCGAUUUCCGGUCAGCUUGCAGUCAGUGAACUGCAUCGCCCAACCGCAGCCAUGGAUUUCCGGUGCAGUUAUUGGGUGAUGGCUUUUUGUAUAUGCUUCGUGCUGCUGUUGUCCAGUGGACGGUGCGAUACGACCCCAGAUGCGGUACAUACAAACAUAACCAGUGAUCUACCGCACCCGGAAUGCAGCAUCAUAUAUAACGGCCAAUUCUCCUGUCCGAAAUCCGCCUUCUCCGGCGCCGGCCUCACCAUCCCAGCCGCCUUCGACGUUCACCGCAUCCCGACGAAUACCACCUCGCUCCGCCUGGGCGCCGGCUUCUCCCGGUCCCCGCUCAAUCUCCUGGCCGGCAACGCCUCGCCCCUCCCCGCCACCUUGACCCUCCUGACCGAGGUCAAGCUGGAGCGCUUCCACGGGGACCAUAACCUGUCGGCGCCGGUGACGGCCUUCCUCGCCGAGGUAAAGACGACUAUCGAGCUCCUCUACAUUCAAUACAGCAAGAUCGGGCCGUUGGACGGGACCUUCCUGCGCGGCUACGGGCGCCUUCGGGUCCUGGACCUCUCCUACAGCGACGUCACCCACCUCCACCCGGAUGCUUUCGACACCCGCCUGGGUGACGCCCCGCCGGCGCCGGUGGAGUGGAUCAUCCUCCUCGGGAACGAGCUGGAGAGCCUCGACUGGGGAGUCUUCGCGCCGAUCGCCGCCAAUCUCACGGUGAUCAACGUCGGCAGCCAGCGCCGCCCGCUGACCAGCUUCACGCACACCCGCAACUUCACCUUCGGACGCAACUUCUUCUCCCUCCAAUUCGACGGGAACGUGACCUUUCCGCCACGUAGCGUCCUGGAUACGCUUAGCAUGACACGGCAGUCGACGGUGACCUUUGGGAACGACUUCCUGUGUCCGAACAUCACGCCGGACUGCACGUGCUGCGCGGCGUUCGGGAUGGUUGGGUGGGCGUACGAGAUGGCGCUGCGAGCGGAGGACGUCAAGCCCUGGCUGCGGUUUAGCUGUGGGACGGUGCCGUUCGGCCAGGAGUGGUCCGUCGGCGGCCCGGGAGGGCCAAGGCCAAGCCGACUACCCCGGUUGUCGUACUACGAAGCUUGCGUGAACCCGGACGCACCGGCGACUUCCGAGGUGCCCUCAACGACCCCGGCGACCUCCGGCGGUCCUUGGACGACACCAGAGACGCCGGAAACCUGUCCGCAACCGGAAGUGAUCACGGUUACCUGCGCCCGGGGGAAUGUGACCUUUUCCCACGUGGAUUUCGACGCGUCGGACGCGCUACAGGCGACGGUGUCGGUGGACAACACCCUGAAGUGCCGGCACGUGCUGCGCGACAUGCACGCCUGGAUCCUGCGCCAACCGCACCAAAUGCAGCCAACCGCGUCGCCCAGCGUUCUGGAAGUGCGCUGCGCCGCCGGGCAGUCGGUGCUGGAUGUCUCCAACACAGAGCCGGAGUUUAGCGAGGCCGUGACCUUGGUGUACACCACCGGCGUGAACAUGGUGUGCCGGUCGGUGUUCGUUAAAUUCCUCAAGACGUUCCAUAAACAACUGGCGACAUGAUCAACGGAUCACGUUAAUUAUAGCCAACGUUGUGGCCUUUGCUCUUUUUUCAUCUGUCUUUGCUUGACAGUAUAAUUAUUCUAAUGUCCACAUUGUCCAGUGAAUUGGGGAUUUUUCUCGUGAAAAGCUAUUUCAGAAGUAAGUACUCCCAGUCUUUAAAGCUGCGCUCCGGUCUACCAAUGCACGCAAUAGUGCAUUUUCCUAGUAAUUAUAAGUGCAUUUCAUUGUACAAUUAAACGCCAACAAACACAGACAGUACGGAUGCCGGAGGCCGCCGUAUUGCGACGCGCUACACGAAAAAGCAGUACACACUACAAAGACGACAGCAGUUAGACGGCUCUCCAAGUCAUAAAUUCCCUUUAUCGUGAA